GAGGGAGUGGGGGGGAAGGACCCCUUUUGCUCUGCAAGAUCUGAAGGGGGCUUUGGAGAUCUGGUCAGCUUUCAGGAACAUCUGAAUCCUCUUAGAGCUCCGCGGCCCAGCUGUGAGUGUGUGCGAGCGAGCCGGGAGAGGGGAGCGGGGCGGCUGGUGCUCCUCCAAGCGCAUUAAGGACACUCGGGCCUUUUAAUUUUAGGAAUGAAUGCUGAUACUUGUGUUUCUUAUUGUGAUCCGGCUGCCAUGGAGUCCUACUACAACGCAGCCUCCCAGAGCACAGAGGGCUCCUCGCCUUUUAGGGCAUUUCAAGCGAGUGACAAGUUCAGCCCCGCUUUCCUGGCCAGCAAAGGACAAGGCUUUGGUGACAGCAGCAGCAAGUGCCGGAGCCGCUAUAGCCAGCAGGAAUGUCAGUCCCUGGAUGGCAGUGGGCAGGCUCCGAGCUCGGCCGGGGCGCAAGGCUCCUUUAACAAAUACCCAGCUCAGCAGCAGCAGCAUCUCUACAUGCAGCGAGGUCCCUGCAAAACGCCGCCGGAGAGCAACCUCAAGCUGCAAGAGACCAGCGGCCACAACGGAGCCCUGCCAGUGCCCUGCUACGGUAAAGAGAGCAACUUGGGAGAAGCCGACUUACAGCCAAGCUCUGAUCCUUCGGGAAUGGACAGCAGCUACCUCAGUGUGAAGGAGGCUGGAGUGAAGGUUCCCCAGGACAGGGCCAGCACUGACCUCCCCAGCCCCAUGGACAAGACUGACUCAGAGAGCAACAAAGGCAAGAAGCGGCGGAACCGCACCACUUUCACCAGCUACCAGCUGGAGGAACUGGAGAAAGUUUUCCAGAAGACCCACUACCCAGAUGUCUAUGCCAGGGAGCAGCUAGCUAUGAGGACAGACCUCACUGAGGCCCGAGUACAGGUUUGGUUUCAGAACCGGCGAGCAAAAUGGAGGAAGCGAGAGCGAUUCGGUCAGAUGCAGCAAGUCCGCACCCAUUUCUCAACAGCCUAUGAGUUGCCCCUCCUAACCCGAGCGGAGAACUAUGCCCAGAUCCAGAACCCAUCCUGGAUUGGGAACAAUGGUGCUGCCUCUCCUGUGCCUGCCUGCGUGGUCCCCUGUGACACGGUGCCCUCCUGCAUGUCCCCCCAUGCUCACCCCCACGCGGCCGGUGGAGUCUCCGAGUUUCUGAGCGUCUCCAGCCCAGGCAGCCACGUGGGACAGACUCACAUGGGCAGUCUGUUUGGCACUGCUGGGAUCAGCCCGGGCCUCAAUGGCUACGAGCUGAACAGUGAGCCGGACCGCAAGACCUCCAGCAUCGCAGCCCUGAGGAUGAAGGCAAAGGAGCACAGUGCUGCCAUCUCCUGGGCGACAUGACAGAGCUGCGGCCAACGCCCUGCAGACACUGAUAGAGCAAAUGGGGACAACCAAAUAAAUCCAUCCGCUUGGACUCAAGACAGCCAUUGCCUCCUUGGAGAUCUGCGUGCAGCACUUUUAGCUACCCUAGGCAUGUAGAGUACAUAUGUUACCGUAAGAGGAGUGUUACAGGCAUACACAUGGGCAGCUCCCAGGUUCCUGGGAUCAGGUGGGAUAAAAGGAAGGUGCGGAGUUUCACCUCUCCCAAAGAGACUUGGCUUUCCUUCUACCACAGGACACUCUCUUGCUGCCAUACUCACGUUGCCAAUGACCAGGGCAUUUUUCUCCCUGCUCCUUUUCUGACACCAGAUCUAACUUGCCACAGAGCUAGAGCUGCCAGUCAUUUCCAGGUGAUUUUUCUUCCCCUCAUACAAAGUUGUUAAGGUAUCAUUAUUUCUCAUCCCAUUUGUUCUGCCCCAUACAGAGCCUAGAGGCACCAGCAAGGAGGCAUCUUCUAGGAAGCCCCAGAGCUCUUGGCCUCUAGGCAGGAAUCACAACUCUUAGCUUGAGUGGGGAGGGUAAUCCUGGCUGGAAUGCAAGUGCCUUUGCCCCCAUCUCGUCCUGCCCUUGAUUUUUUCCGUCUUGCACAAUCUUAGAAGAAUCAAGGAACUGUGUAGUUUCUUGGGGUGUGGUGGUGGUGGUCCUCCCAACAGAGCACCUCGAGGAGAGAGAUGAGCGCCACCUUUGCUGGAAGGCUUAUCCUGUAACCUCAAGUGUUAGCUCCUAUACCCCACCCCCCUUCAGUCUCCCUCCGUUCAGAGUAGAAGGUGAUUUCCAAAAGUGGUCCUUUUUCUUGCUUUUUCAAAAAUUUUAGGGGUGAAGUACCCAGUAAGCUUCACACCCGCCUAGGAAAAAAGCUAACAUUUAUAGUGUUUGCUUUACUGAGCAGAGAUCCAUAGUGGGGAAGAGACAAUAAGCCUGAUAGUUUUCUUCUCUGUUUAUUCGGUCAGCAGCUACUGCCUUCUACCUACAAUCAGUCACUCAGUUAAGUGCAGCUGUUGGGGAGGCCCUGUCCAACACAGGCGUGUUGGUAUCUGUAGCAGAAGUGAGAUUCCCUUGAAAAAUGGUUCUAGCACUAGCACACACCUGGUUUCCAGCUUGGAUGCAUCUGUGGAAUCCUUCAACAACCGUCCCUACCCCCCCGCAUCCCUCCGCCCCACACAAGAUGCAGGAUUAGUAUGUCUAGUAUUGUUAUAUAUAGCAGAGUACCCCAUACGUAACAACCAUCUCCAGGCAUCUCCCCAGCAGUCGAGGAAAUGUGGCCUCCAGUGCUCAUCCUCUUAAAUUCCAGUCAGCAGGGAGAAGAGUGCAGAAGAAAGGCAGAACCUCCUGAACUGUCCAUGUCCUCACAGUCUGGGGGGGUUUCUUGGUUUUUCUCUCUAAUUCAUAUUGGGUGCAUCUACACAUGCCUUAAGGCUUUUUCUAAUGAGCAUUACAUUUAGUACCUCCAAUGUGAGGUACUAAAGAAAUGCACAUUAGGUGCCGUAAUGCACAGUAACAAAUACGCACAAUUUUUAAGUGACGUGUAAUGCGCUGUAGUCUAGUUUACUGCGCAUUAGUGUAAUUGCACAUUUUUUCUAUGUGAAACUUCAAUGCACAGUAAAAUAGGCUACCACGCAUUAAAGUGUACAUGUAGAUGUACCCAUUUUGUUUUAUUACCAGCAUCAUUAAUUGACUUUGGGGUGAGCUCUCCCUCCAGAGCUAAGUCCUCCUCAGAUUUUCCAACAAGUCCAUGGUACUUGGUAUAAUCUCCAAACCUGCCUUUAUACUAUCACUUAAACACAAUACUGCUAGAUUUGACACAACACUAAAGACAGGAUGGAGUGAUUCUGGUAGUACUCAUCCUUCAUACCUGAAGCAAUUUAAUCAACAUGGGUUGGGUGCAUCUGCUCAUGAAAAUAAGAAGCUGCAUCAUAGCUUCAUCACUCAUGCUCUCCCAGGAAUCUUCUUCCAUGUUGAUUUGAGGCUUAUGUUUGUAUGCAAGUCUAGUGAUUUCAGUAGCAUUACAUCUGGAUGAACUUGGCUUACCAUAUUUGAACCAAUAGAUUGGGCUGAGGAUGCUAAUUCUUUUGAGACAAUUGGUGAGUUUUUCUGUUGGAGAACAACAACAUUAAGAAACAAGUUCCAAGAACAGUCUCUGCUACUUAGAGGAAGGCUUCAUUUCCUUUAAGCAGGAUCAUCCCACUGGUGUUCUGGGCAGGGUAAUGCAGAAUUUUCCCAUGUAUAAAACUAACAGUGUCCCUUUGGCCUCUGUUCUUCUUGGGAGUCUUGUUUCAAUACAUUUUGGAAAAUCUAACCAUGAGGCUAAACAUUGGACUAUUCUAAAUGUAGGUUCCAAGCUAACUAUGUGUAUAUAAUAUAUUAUUUAUAUAGUGCCUCACUGUUGCUGUGCACUAUAUAAAUGAUAUGGCUAUAUUAAUCUAGCAUUAAUAUAUAUUUAUCAGAAUAAGCAAAACUAAUACUCCUAGCUCAUUUUUUUCUUGAAAAAGUAGGGCUGGUAGAAUGCUAAGGGGAUCUUUACUCUGUGCUCGCAGGAAAGAUGUCACAUACGUAUCCAGAAGACUCUGCAAUAAGGUGUCUUCAGUCAGGGCUAAGUGGCAAAAUGUUCCUUGCAUGGGAAGCUGUUUGGGUUUUUUUAUUUGCUAAAAACGAUGCUGAUUGCCACACCAGGCAAUUAAUUACAUUGGAAAAACUGCCAUUCUAGUGGUUGUAUUAGAGGCACUGUCCAGGCAUAGACCACACUUAAAUUUAAAUCCUUCUUACCCCUCUCCUGAGCUUUCUUAUGUUAAUAAAAACACCUUUCCAGAAUAAAAAUAAGGCAGCCCAGAUAGUGGAAAAGAAUCCAGGACAGUAGAUCCAGUGUCCUGGGAGAGGCCCCUAGGUGCCCUCACUUCAGUCCAGAUCUAAGCCCUUGAUUGACUUUUCCACACAUACAGUUAAAUUGCUUUGUUUCUGCACCGCUUCCUGCUUGGCCAGUGAUGUUCAUGUGGUUGGUUUCACCUUCUAGCUUUGCUGUACUAGCUCAGAUCUCUUCUGUUUGGGUUGCCAGCUCUGUGCAAGAAGGGGCAUUUUUGCACAGAUUGGUGUUUCUAUUCUCUGAGCCCAUUUCUAGUUGGUUUCAUAUUCAUCCAUUUUGUUCUUAAAUGAAUGUAGUUAGAAACCUAAUUGUCCAACUACACUGGGAUAACACAUACCUCUUCUUAAAGCCACCUUAGUGGCACUGGAGAGAUUUUGUAAAUCAAUAAAUACUUUGGCCACCACAUAGCCUCCCCUUACCCCGCCACUAGAAAAGAAUAGGACUUAGUUGCUGAAUGUAAUGGGGAUCCUUUAGUGAGACUGCCUGACACAGACAGGCUCUGUGGUUCAUUUUGCCUGCCUAGUUCCCAUCUUGUUCUACUCCUGGUCACCACCACAGUCUGUGCAAAGCCUGGCCUGAUCUACAGUUAUGGAAGGGCUUGAGUACACUACCCAAGCCAGCUGUAGUUGUCCACCUGCUAAGGCUCUGCAUCAGGAAUGGAGCACCACUCUCCUCCUACAUACCCCUAACUUCACACAAUUUGCCAAAAAGAUGCUACAUUUGGGAGGAUAUCAAAUCUUGCCCAUACAUUUCAGCUAGAAGAUGAUGUUUGGGGAGAGCCUGAGAUGAAGUGAAACCCGACUUUUUCUACCUCUCCUCAUCAAAUCUGUGCUCCUCUUCCUCCUUCUCCUUUCAUGAGUCUCACAGUAAAAAUGGCCUUAACAUAAAACCUCCUUUAUAUGUCACUGAACAAGAAUUGCCCGUGGCCCUAUUCUAACCAGGGGCAAUGACCAGGAAGCGACUUUGUUAGUAACUGAAUGCUGAAAGCUGAACAGCACAACAAGCCUCCUUCCUCAAUGGCAGGAGACACUACUGUGCAAUACGGGAUAGAUCACGGGUACAUGGGAAGGACCUCUUCUAGCUCCAUUUCAUAUACAGUACAAGGAAAAAUGGUGUACAGAAUAAUAGCAGGAAAUAGUAGCAAGUAGGCAAAUUAACCCCUCUUUUUAUAACUGAGGCAGCUUUAAAAAGGCUGUGAUGGGACAGUUUAGGCCUGAUUUUGUAAGCUGCUGAGCCCCCUCCAUUCCUCAAGGUCAGUACAAGUUGAACAGGUUCUAGGGGUACUAGGGGUGUCUCUGUUGAGAUCAAUGGGAGUUUUUACUGUACUUCACCCAAGCCAUUAGUAACUUGCAGGAUGAAGGUUUAUAUGCCUUGAUUUAUUAAAGACAGUUAUUUUGAGGAAACAGAGAAGUGACACUGGCAUGGCAUUUCAAUCCCAAAUUUUCUUUCUCUAAAAUCCUUGUACAAAAUAUCCCAUUGACUCAUUAGAUUUGUGCUAUAGCCAACCAGUCUUGCCCAUCUCUGGGGCAUGGAAUUACAAGAGCUGUGUUGAAGAGGGGGGUGGCGGGACAAGGGGGGCAGUGUCCAUUGGAAGAAAUAAGUGCCAUUCAGCGCCUCCAGCUACUUAUAAGUACUUCUGCUUGCUUGCACUCUCUCUCUCUCUCUCUCUCAAUCUGGAGCUGCCUUCUGAGUGCCAUUCCCCCACAAGGUCCUAAUUCAGUGAUACAAAGUGGAGCUGAAAGGUGGAACGUUGUUACUUGAAAGCAUUAGAGCCAGUUAAUAUAUGUGUGUUAUGGUGUGCACACACACACACACACACAAAAUUUUAAAAAACUCUUCAACUAGAAAAAAAAACUUAAAAAAUAUAGAACUUUCUUUAAACCAACCAUGGCUUAUUUUGCCUUCCCAGUUAUUGCAUUGGUGAUCCUUUCAGUCCUACCCUGCAUCAGCUCAUGACAGGGAGGCACCUUUCUUCUUGACUUUUCUAUUCUCUUCGUGAUCUUUUGAUAUUUUAUAUUUUGCUACCCUCUGUAACUGGAGUUGUGAUCACCUAGCCUUGGACUUGCCAACCUUAAGCCUGCCUGUCUGCCCAAAUAGAAAUACAACCUUAAGCCUGCCUGCCCACUUAGAAAAAAAAUUACAGAACAGAGUGACAGGCAUGACUGGAGAUGGGAGUUUUCAGCAGCUGGUCAGGAUAACUGGCUCAAGUGCCUAGGACCAGUGCCACAGUGCCAGCAACGGUGUUUUGCUCUCUCCUGCGCUCUCUGCUGGCGACCCUAAAGGUUUAGAAAACUCCAGAGAAGCUGUGCCCUCUAGCAUGAAUCCAGUGCUCCAAGAGGAAAGGAUACAGCAGCAGCAGCCAGUUUUCUUCUGCCCAUCAUUAGAAACACGGAGAAAGCACUGAAGCUUGAAAAUGGGAACAGGCCUAACAGCAGCAUGGCUCCCAGAGCGUGUUAACAUGUGGUCAGGCACCAACAUCUAUCCAACGACCUGGUAGCAUUUAUUAGUGGCAAUAAUGAAUAUUUACAUAACUUAAAAAAAUAUUUCUUACAUAUUCCCUGCUCCCAGGUUUUCCAGUAGGCCCCAAAAUGGCUCCUUUCUACCAGCUACCAAGAAGGGUGCAUGGGUUUCAUAUAGAUGACACUCAGAGAAUACCUGGUUCUGUAAAAUAAUCAGAUCAUGGAGGGUAGGAGAGAACAGUAAUGCAUUUUCCCUCAAUACGUGGCAUGGGCAUGGUAAGUUUCUGAAACUGAAUGAAGUUCCUCCUAUUCUCCUGCCCCAGAACAAGUUUCUUAAGAGACCCCAGUGCUGGUGAAGCAGUCAGGCAGGAGGACUUGCUUUCUGCCACCCAGGAGGCUCCAAAAUGCUGUUCCUGCAAGCUCCUAGUAGGCCCACAAACCAUCUGCUGUGCUUGUUCUUUCCUUUAAAAUACACUAAUGAAUUAAAGGUCUCAUCUCUUUGGCACUAAUAUUGCUAGUUCCCUGUAACAAUGGACUGAGAAAUCAAGGCAAAGGCAAAUUGGCUUAAUCUGUUGCCUAGGUUUGAAAUUUGUAACAAAGGUGUGGCCCAACAGAUAGUAGCUGGAUAACAACACUUAAAAGAACAAAUCUAGGUGUGUGAGCAAUAGUGCACCUAUACACACGUAUAGGUGGCUGAACUGUGUGCAGAAGGUACAGUGUGAAUGUGCAAGCUUGUAUGCAGUGUUGUGUGCAUAUCCCAUAUGCCAUCUCUGUGUUUGCAGUGAGUAUGUGGAUUGCACUGUACAGUCUGGAUGUGGUAUGUGCCUGCAUGUGAUGUGUCCAUUUAUAUGGGGAGGCUUCUUUUUUUUUUUUGCGGGUGUUCCCAUUCACCGAGUACCCCCAGACUUCGCAGUAUGUUGUAAAACACUCUAAAAACAAACUAAGCUCAAAAGGUAGUUUCCUGGAAAGGGUUUCAAAAAUAAUCAAACAGACACAGAGGACUGUGUUUAUUUUGCUGCUCUGACUGACACAGCAAAAAGCAAACAGACUGAAUUAAGAAUUAAAUCCAAAUGGGAACUGCAGCAGAAUCAUGCUGAAAAUCAGGCAGCCAGUCUCAGCUUUACUAAUGGUAUUGCAGGGAGGCAAAAGAUUGACCUUGUACCUUAUUAACUCUUUGCUGGUAACAUGAUUACUUCCACCCCACCCCUCUCCACAUAUCUAGAUAGAUAGAUAGAGCUAGGACUUUUAUACUACUGAUUUUGAAGGACAGUUUUCAAUGUAUAGUAAUAUUAUCAGUUUAGGUGUGCAGUGUUUGAAAGAGAGAAUGGGAGAAAGAAAGAACACAAACCUCAAUCAAUACUAUUGUUCUUGUUGUAAAAUAUUGUAACCUUGUAUAAACGCAACUUUUUCUUUAGCUUAACAGCCUGGGGUAGAAGAUAUUAAGAAAAAACAUUAAAAACCAAAAAAAAGUUCUGGGGAAAAAAUGAAUUUUAAAAAGUAUGAAGAAAUAUUGCAAUGUGAGGUUUGUGCCAUUCAAUUUUAAUGCCUAUGCAGACAUGUAUUACAAGUUCAUUACAGUGUAAUAUUAAAAAAGAGAAAACAGUCUUGCAUCUUGGUUCUUUUUAAUUUUUUUUUUUUUUUGGAAGUAAGUUAUUGCACUUACAGUGUUUAGGGGAGGGGGGAGGGGUUGGACUUUCUGGGUGCUUUUUUUUUUAAAAAGGAAUGAAAUUGCUGGAGAUGAGAUGAGUUACCUACAGCAUUGGCUGAGCGGAUCCAAAGGUUGUUGUUGCUGUUGUUGUUGUGUUUGCAAUAAACUCCUUCUCUUCUCUCCUCUCAA